UCGGUUCCCGGCGGCGGCUGCGGCGGCCCGGGGCUCGGACGUGCACAAGCGUCCUCCCAGCUUGGGCCGGAGUCGGCCGCGCCGCGUGGCCGCAUUUCUGGGUCUUUCCCCAGCGAGCCGGUGUCCCCCCGGAGCUGCCCCUCCCGACGACGACGCCCGUUUUGAAGUGCCGGACCCAAGCUCCUUUUACGAGUUUUUCGUACGACCCGUGCUACGUCGAAAGAGGUGCACCAUCGAGGGCCGCGGGGAACGACGCUUGCACUGCGAUGUCGUGUGGGCCGGUAGCCCCCGCGGUUGUGUCUCGGCUGGCUGCUCCGGAGGUGCGCGGGGAUGUUCCGGCCGAGCGUAGUCUCGAGUCAUGACGAGAUCCACCGAGAAGACUGCGAAAACGACGCCUGGUGACGGAUGAACAUCGGCUGAGCGAGUUGUUGCAGAGCCUGACCGGGCCGAGACAUCGCAGUGACCCAGGCGUGACACCCGAUGCCCGAGCCGCAUGGACCCCGACGGAGCGAAUCCACCGAGAGAGCCGGCUCCUGUACACCGGCCCUGUUCCCUCACGUUGCAGUUCAGUCGUGAUCCAGACGACCGCGAUGACCGACCGUCUCCGAGCAGCCAGUUGGCCGUGGACCAAGGAAUUCUCCUCGAAGCGCCGUCCGAGUACGCCUGUUCCGACGACGAUGAGCGGCGUCUCGCCCGUGGCGCGCUGCGCACCCCCGAGAGCGACGCCGCGUCUGCCACGGAGUCCCAUUCGAUGUCGGCGCCGGUGGACAUUUCGAUUCGAGCGAAGAGCAGCGUGCUCGAGUGUGAAAAGGACUUUAUGGACUUCCUGCUCUCGUUGCCUCCCGAUCGCGGGCCCGAGAUCAAGUCGCUGGAGAGGACUAGGAGACACAGCAGGGCGGACAAGGGGAAGCCUAAAGUUGGUCUGGACCACUUGGACAACCUGUGCAAGCUGAUGGAGCAACUAGGAGAUCUCAAAGAACAAAACAGCAAACUUCAGCGGCGUGUACAGUAUCUGGAAGACAUGAAGGAUCUUCACGAAGUUCACAAGCGUAUCCUUUGCACCGAGUCUCCACCUGAAGAAUUCCGGGCUCCACAGAGGACACCCAGUCCCGCAGUGGUGACCACAUCAACGGCCGACGCCGACAGCACCUUGAGAAAGAGCAGGACCCACGGUCAUCUCCACGCGACCAUCCGAAGGUCCAGAGAACGAAGCAAGUCUGUCGGGAACCACGACGACUACGAUGAUCCCAAGAGCUACAAAAAUAAGCGCUUUCCAAACUGGUCCAAGGUGAAGGAGGCACUGGGCUGGGAGCGUUCCACGGCGGACUACGAAGGGGCAGUCCGAAAGGACGGACGAAUAAUCUCCUGUCCGCGUCAGGACGGCGAGCUGAGGCUGCGUAAAGAGGAACUCAGAGCUAGUGUCUGGGAACCGGCGGUGGGCUACCCGCAAUCCCGUUCUUGGACUGAGGAUUCCUGUUUCCAAGGCAGGCCCUCUUCCAUUCCAUUGAAGCAAGCCGGAGGAUGGACAACCUCCAGCGGUUCCAAAAAGACCACGCUAAGGCUUGUAGACCCAACACGGCGCAAAUCGUCGCCGACUUCACCCAUUGCCGCCAGGGAGGCGGCCAGAGAAGAAGCAUUUGCAGAUUGGAAAUAUCCUGACCUACUGGACCGAGAAAUGUACGAGUCUUACGAACGGUACUACACCAAAGAAGACUCGAAAAAGGUUCCGAAAAGCGCCUGGGGUCGCGUGAAGACUCUUAUCCAGACAGGUCGAGAGACCGUCAGAAAGCAACACCAGCCUCGAAGCGCGAAACCUGGCUCCAAAGGCGACGUCAGGAUCGAGUCUGAUCCGGCCAGUGGUGCCGCGCCCAGUGACCCCGAAGACAGCGCAACGUCACGAAGUCGGAAUACUUCCAGAAUGCGCAAGAUCUCAGACCCGUACGGCUGCUCGCCAAGGAAUUCAAAGACGUCCGAAGACCUCCAGCUAUUUCCCAAGGAGAGACCGCAGAUACCAAGCGGCUGCUCCCCUCCAGAGGUCGACGGCGUCCGUAGAACCAGGCCGGAACCAGCGGUCUCAGCCCAAGUAGAAUCGGAAGAGUCAAAAUGCGCUUUUUCGGACAAAAACGAAGCUACCUCGCCACAGUUUCAGAGAAAGUCUCGGUGGAACCGCGUCAAGAAGGUCUUCUCCACUGCCCUCCAGGAGAAGAAAGAGGGAGACUCAGAGCCUUCCAGCCCAACAUCCACCGCCGUUGUCUUCGACUUCGAAGACGUGCUUCCAUUCGAAGAUGAUAUUCAAUUAAAGCACCGUGAAGGAAUCGUAGACAGACAGAGAGUUGACAGCAUGGCUCUAAGCUCCGACUUUCAAGUCAGCGAGGGUGAGCUGAGUGCCCCUCCUCUCUCACAUUCGGCGUCCACGCCCGCGGCAAGCUUGAUGCUCGAGCUUCAGCGAAACCUGAGCGAAGACUUCAGCCAGAAGAUGAUCGAAUGGGAGCGCAUAAAGGCGGCCAAGGUGAGCCCCAAUCUUCGUCGCUCCCAGCGGUCUGCCACAGCCAAGCCCCCCAGAGACAAGAGCAAGACGUCCGGACGAACUGACAAGAAUCACAAGCAGAAGGACCUGAGCUGGUUGAACCGAGAACUGCAGAAGAUGGAACGCGAAAAAGAACGACUUUCGAAGGAAACGCACAAGUUCCAGGAACGCUCCAUCAGAUUGCAGAGGCUUCGACACGCUCUUGUGAACGCUCCCGGUGCCAGAAACGAGGUCCUGGUACGUACAUCGGCCGGAGAGUUCCGCUUCGAAGGAAUUUCAGACGCCUUCACCAAAAAACUUUACGAAUGGGAAACUAAGAAGGGUGUCGUUCCCGAGUUCUCCACAAUCGCGCUACUGGAUGCCAGCCUGCGGACCACCUCGUGUCCAGGAGAAAAGCUAAACCAAUCUCACAGAGGUCUGUCCAGGUCUGAGUCGAGCAUUGCUGAGCCAACCAAUCUUCAACAGCAAUCGCGAGCUUCUACUAGCUCUCUGCCCUCGAUGAAGCUGGAUACGCUGGUUAUUCCUGAAGAAAAAUCGGAGCUGGCUAGAUCUCGUGCCAGUUCUGAGCCUGAUCUAUCAACCCACGUAUCGACGUCUAAGGAAGCACCGGUAAGAGUCCGGACUGCCAGCGUGGGUUCCUCAGGAACCGGCUUCGCUCCCCCAGAAGUCACCUGGCUCAUUGACAGCGGCUCUGGAGAGAUGGACGAGCGCUCAGACCCAAAGCCGGCGGAUGGUGGUGACGCCAAGCCAACGGAAGACGGCUACUAUGGACUCCUGGAGGAGAACAUGCUCUUGCUGGAGCAGCUCCGGGCAAAGGAGCACAUCUGUGGACGGCUCGAGGUAGAUCUGGAACGGCUCGACCAACGGCUCGAGCUCACGUCAACCAGACACAGGCAAGAAAUAGAGCGCUACCGGGAGAGCUUGUGGAAGGCGCACCGGCCGGUGGCCUCGCAGUCGCAAGUGUCUUCUCUUCGGGCCCUGGCAGACUUCCGCGCCCGCCUAGAAGACUUGGAACGCUGCAACUUGCGGCUGCAAGAAGAACGCAGGGCGCUUCAGGAAAGCAUUCGCUGUCACAGCCAGGAGCAAGCAACCUUAAUCUUGGACCUUAUCGGGAAAAUCAAAGAGCUUCAAACGAUGAACCUCGACCUUCGCAGCACUGGAUCUGAAGGCGCCCGCCAAAGGCCGUCUUUGAUGCAGCUGGAUGCGGAUGGCCUGGCGCGAAUUCAACAGCUCUCGGCGCAGCUCCUGCACUUGGUCCACCAACUGGAGGCGACUGUGGCAGAACGCGCCCGGCAGGUGUGCCAGCUCCGCGGUGAAAUCCUGUUACGGGACCUCACCGCCGAGGGUUACGGGACCACGGGUCCAGGUGCAUCUCGGCGUUUCUCCAGGACGAUGCGAUCCUCCAGCGACGGUCUCAUCAUCUUCGCAAACAGGCGGCCCACUCCGUGUUCGAACGGUGGAAGACAUGGCGAAAUACUGCCUCAAGACCGGAUAGUCUCCGCCAAGGAGACGCGAGAUGCGCCGGCCUCGUCCCCGUCUUCCCACAGCCAGUCAGCUCAGCUCAUUGAGACAGUGCAUAGCCUCCGGACGGAACUGCUCCGACUGUUCGCGUUCGACGGAACAGGAACGGACACCGGGGAAGGCGUCAUUCGUCGGAGCUCGGCUGCAGACUCCAUGACCGAGUCUCCAGACGCUGGCGGGGCUGAAGAACCCAGGCAGAGCUGCGGAGACGCUCGACGCUCGCUGGCAUCGUCUUCGGAGAGUCCCUCCCGCAGAUCGGCGCCAGAGGCCCUAGGCUUGGCAUCGGGUCACGACGGCAGCGAAAGCUCCAGCAUCAACGACAGUGAGCACGUGUCUUUCGCCGUGCGCCUUCCGCGCAAGAGUUGGGCGCGAACCAGGGACGCCAUGUCCACCUCUUCUGACAGUUCCUACUUAGAGGACGAUGCGUUUACCAGAGUUAGCUGGGCAAGGGCCUCGAAGGCCGAAGGCCCCGAUCGGGACAAGAGCUGCUACGUCGAGUACGAAGACGACGUGUUCAACGCACCUUCUUCGGCUUCUAGCCUCGAAAUGGUCUACUCGCGAGCACGACAAGAGUUGUACAACGAUGCCACGGCGCAGGCGGACAGGACGCGAGUCCACAGCGAAAUGGCCAAGCGAAGAGCUUUGUUGGAGGUGACGUCUUCCAAGACCUCCGAAAGUGGAGAUACGGAACCGCCCAGUACUGAACCCUCGGCGACGGGUUGCAGCACGCAGACUCCCAACGAUGAUGAUGAGGCACCAGCUGACUCAGGAGUGUCCGAACUCUUGGCGAAGAGGUCUAGCCCCGUCAUCAGGUCCAGGACGUCGAGAAGACUAAAGAAAGAUCGCUAUGCCACGACGGAGCCUCCUCCUCCGUGGACGACUGCUUCAGAAGCUAUAUCAGCCGUUCUCAGGGACUCCUCGAGCCACUAUUUCUGCCCUAGGAAACUGGACAGGGCGGUCGACGAGCCCACGAGUCCGACGACGGAGACUCCGGGCCCCGCGAAGUAUUUCGCUUACAUUCCACUCUCAGUGACGCCGCGCCCGGCGACCCUACAGAGGUUCGAGGCAUUGCAUCGCGCCAAGGAAGCGUUCGUCUCUGGAGAGAACCCCACUGCGGUGCUCAGCAUUUCUCCGGAUCGUCCACCAGCAGCUCACACCGAUGACUGUCCAGCUAGACCGCCUGCUCCUGUCGGGGCUGGCUUCAAGGAGGAGGAAGACCUGGACAGCAAACGGCGCAAGUCUAAGCAAGAAUGCGCUGAAAAGGGCUUCCUGUCACUGAGGCUACGCAGAGGCAAGAAAAAAGAUUAUUCGGCCGUCGGACAGCUCUGCCGGCAGACGCUGCCUGUCGUAGCCGUCGAUGACCCCAUGACCUCUGUCGCCGUGCUGCCGUCCACAAGUCCCAGAUCACCAUCGUCGCCCUCGUCGCCAGAGACACGAGCCCGGUCGCUUGGCAGGAGCAAGUGGCUGCCUCUUUUUGCAACCAAGUCAUGAGGGACCGCCUUCCGGAUGUCCCACAAUAACCGAAUAAAAAGCUCGCCGGUGAGCAACGCCAUUGCUUGCGCAUUCGCUGACCACGCGCGCUUGUCCCUCAUGGUGCACAGCAUCCUUCCAUUGGCCAUUUUCAUUUUGCUGUCUCUAGUCCACCCCGACAACAUAAAGCAUUGCGCAAAUUCUGCAAAGCCAGCAUAAAUAAAACGUGUUUCAACUCUAA